AUGACGAACCUGACGCGCUUGAUUGGAGAUCUCCCAGCAGAGACCCAAUUUGGAAGGCGGUCGGAAGCUGCCAUCUCGUGCACCCUUAGACUCGGGCUCAAGUCCGUUCGAAAGUGUGGCGCCCUACACCAUCAACUUCCCAUGAUCGUCCAAACCCACAGACCAGUUCUCAUCUUCCCAGCACAUCUCUGCAACCUCGUGGCGCAGGCGGAAGACCACAUGUCCGAGGGGGCUGUGCUCACUGUCACCAACAUCGAACAAAACGACGAAAUCGAGCACCGACCCUCGUGA